AUGCAUGACAUCUUUCAGUUACUGAGUAGUUCCCAACAGGUAUUCCAAACAGAGCCGCAUAAGAAAAUAGUGAGGAAAUCAGAAAUUGAAGAAACAGAAGCAGGAGAAAAUGUUCUGUUUCUACGGAAUAAGAAUCCAGAAGAUAACUACUGUGAGAUUACUGGGAUGGACACAUUGCUUUGUGCUCCCAUUCAGACCCAGAGGCAACAGAGAGAGAUUUCAAUUACAGAACCCAGCCAUGAAAAGAAACAUGCAAAUGACCAGACAGUCAUCUUUUCAGAUGAAAACCAGAUGGAUCUGACAGCAAGUCACACUGUGAUGAUUACCAAAGGCCUUUUAGAUUGUACCAAAAGUGACAAGUCCACCAAGAUAGAUACCACAUCAUUUCUGGCUAGCUUGAAGCUCCACACUGAGGAUUCAAGAAUGAAGAAAGAAUUAAAUUUUUCCGUGGAUCAAAACACUUCUUCAGAAAAGAAAAUAAAUUUCAAUGACUUUAUAAAAAGAUUGACAACAGGAAAAUCUAAGGCUUCUUCUACGGGACCUGAUAAAGAAAAUUCUGAGAUGUCUGUUCAUUCCAAAGAAUCAAAUAGGGCCUCUUGUAUACAUCAAAUGCCUGUAUCUCUUAAUGUGGAUGAAAAUAGCGGUAAUGUGACUAGAAUCUUUAGAGAACAAGAUGGGAUGAAUUUCACCCAGUGUCACACAGCCAAUAUUCAGACUUUGGUUUCCACAUCCAAUGAGGUCAGCUUAAGGGAAUUUAAAGGUCAUGAUGCUACAGUCUAUGGCAAUGACUUUAUGGACUUGACAAUUAACCACACUAUACAGAUUUUACCCUCAGCAGAUAAUUUAUCAGAAGUAGAAAAUCAAACUCAAAAUGUCAUGAUGGAUGUUACAAUAGGAUAUGGAACUAAAGUUCCAGGAAAGAAGACAAUCUUUAAGGAUAAACCAAAUGCUGCUUUUCAAGACCCUUCCUUAAACCCUAAAGGUGAAAUACAUGUUACCAGAAGUCAUAUUACAGGGACAGAAACUCAUACAGUCACACAGACUUCUAACCAAGAUGCCAGAACAUUGACCAUGAUCCCAGAAUCUAUAUGUUCCAGUCCAGCUAUUCAAGAUUAUAAGACAUUUUUCUAUUCUAGUUGUAAUGAUGCCAUGGACCUGACCAAGUGUCUCUCAAGUAUGAAAGAGGAGAAAAAUUUGCUAAAGCAUGACAGUAAUUAUUCUAAAAUGUAUCCCAAUCCAGAUGCCAUCACUCCUCUCAUAGAGAAAACUAUUUAUUCAGGAGAGGAUAGCAUGGACAUUACCAAGAGUCACACAGUUGCAAUAGAUAAUCAGAAUUUUAAACAAGAUCAGACAAAUGUACAGAUAGCAGCUGCACCAGUAUCUGAAAAAGAAAUGAUGCUCCAAAAUCACAUAACUGUGUCAGAGGAUGGGGAAAUGAAUGUAAAUUGGAGCUCAAUUCCUCAUGUAUCUAAGGAAAGAUUACAGCAAAGCCUGACAAAUCCUUUAUCUAUUUCAUUGAUUGACAAAAAGACUGAAAUCUUCACAGGUAUAGAUAUGGAUUUGACUAAAAGUCACACAACUAACUUAGAAAGUCAAGCUCUUCUUGUAUCUUAUAAUCUAGCAUCUGAGAAUACCAGUAAAUCUCACUCUCAAAGCAAAAGCUCUUCAGAUGAAUGGGAAGAAAUGACCAAAAGUCAUGUUAAACCAUCCCGACAACCAAACAUAAUAUCUAAAAGCUUCCUAACUGACACCUGGAGCGAAGAAAAAGAUCAAGUUUUGAAGAUUUCACCCUAUCUUGAUAAAGAUUCUUCUCAGUCAGCUGAUAUUAACCAGGAUGUAGCAACAAGCCAUAAUAUGGUAUAUUCUGGUGGAGAUCUUGAUAAACAAGUAACACUGGGAAAUAAUAGAAAUACAGUUUCAUGUGAGCAAUCUUUGUUUCCUACCACAAAGCCAUUGGUUUUAUCAGAAGGACAGUCUGCCAUGAAAAAUCAUAAUACUGCUAUUAACAGUCAUACAGUGAAAUCUGUACCGGGCCAGAAUUCUAAACUGCCUGAGCCACUGAAGAAAAGUUUAGGCAAUCCCACAACUGACUGUUCUCAUGACAAGAUAAUUAUGUGUUCGGAAGAGGAGCAAAAUAUGGAUCUAACCAAAAGUCACACUGUUGCCAUUGGAUUUGGUCCUUCUGAAGUACAAGAACUUGGUAAGACUAAUUUAGAAAACACUAACAGCCAGCUAACAACAGUGAACAGACAGAUAGCUGUAAAAGUUGAAAAAUGUAAUAAAAGUCCUAUAGAAAAUACUGGAGGAGUAUUUAUUUCUAAUAACAUCAUGGAUGUGUUGGAGGACAAAAGUAUACAGAAACCUGGAUUCCCGAAUGAAAAGCAAGGUGUCAAAAUUUGUGGAAGGAAAAGUGUUGGCCAAUUGAAAAUUGAUAAGACUAUUGUGUUUUCAGAGGGUGAUGAGAAUGAUAUGGAUAUCACCAAAAGUUAUACAGAGGAAAUAAAUCAAAAAUCUUUAUUAGGUAAACAUGAUUCCCAUUUGGUGCCUUUGGCAGGAACUUCUAAAACUGUUUUGUAUACAUGUGGGGAGGAUGAUGUGGAGGUCACUAAAAGUCACACAACUGCCAUAGAAUGUAGAAUGGUCUCACCAGAUGAAAUAACUACUAAGACUGUGGACAAAACUAUAAUGUUUGUAGAUAAUCACAAUGAACUAGAAAUGACGAAGUCCCAUACCGCUUUCAUUGACUGCCACACAAAGGAGAAAACUGUUCUUCCAGACAGACCUAACUUUGAACUAUCCAAGAGGAAAAGCGUAGAAAAACCAAAAGUGACAUCUAAUCCUGCUGAGGAGAGUGUUUUCUUUCCAGAAAAUGGUGAAAGUGACCAUUUAGCAGCAAAAGUCAGCCAGCUAACACCACUGGAGGAAUGGUCUAGUAGUGGUCCUACAGAGAAAGCUGCAGCAUUUAUAGCUGAUGAUAACAUGGAAAUGUCUAAAUCAAUCAUUUGGAAAAAUGACAAAGAUGUACAAAAGCCUGGAUUUCUGAAUGAGCCUCUAUCAGGCAAAAGUCAGAGAAGGAAAAGCCUUAGACUCAAAAAUGACAAGGCCGUUGUUUUUUCAAAGAAUGACAAAAAUGAUAUGGAUAUCAUCCAGAGUUGUACAGUGGAAAUAAAUAACCAAAGUGUCCUGAAAGAUAGAGAAGACUCCCAUUUAAUGCCUUUGGCAGGAACUUCUAAAACUGUUUUGUAUACAUGUGGGCAAGAUGACAUGGAGAUCACUAGAAGCCACACAAGUGCCUUAGAAUGUAAAAUUGUCUCACCAGAUAAAAUAAUCACUAGGCCUGUGGACAAAACUGUAAUGUUUGUAGGUAAUCACAAUGAUCUGGAAGUCACCAAGUCCCAUACUAUUUUCAUUGAUUGUCAAGCCACGGAGAAAAUACUUCAAGAGUGCCCUAAAUUUGGAAUAACAAAAGGAAAAACCUUGAAUUUUUCUUUUCCUAAGAAUGGUAGCUCUUUUCAAGAAAUCGCAAAAAAACAAACACUGGGUGUAGAAAACGAAAUUGUUCUUCACACUGAGCAAAAGCAUCAUAUGAUACCCUUUGUUCCUACUAAUACAUUGUCUGGGUGUCAAGGUGAGCUAGAAAUUGUCAAAUUUCUUACCACUGCUGUGGAUGAAGAGGUCAUGGGGAAAGUUGUAGACCAGGCUGAUACGUUGGAAAAAGCCAAAAUUGAAAGCUGUCACUUAAAUAGUACAGACAGAAGAAAUGUGGAUUUUACAAAGAGUCAUGCAACUCCUAUUUGUGGACCCAGUGAUAAUUGUUCUUGUUUACCAAAUGUUAUUUCCUGUUUUGAUAAUGUAGAGGGGAACGUCGUGUCCUUAUGUGAUAAAGAUGAGAAAGCCAAUAAUUGCCCAGUACAAAAUGAUCUUGCUUAUGCAAAUGAUUUAGCCAGUGAAUAUUCCUUGAAAUCUGAGGGACUGCCACUCUCUGCCCCUUGUUCUUUGCUAGAGAAGGAAAUAGUUAUUCAAACCAAUACUGAAGGACAGUUAGACCGUGUCAUAAAAGUGCUCAAAGAUCAAGAUCUGAUUAAGGAGCCCCAAAAUCUAUUAGCUAAUCAGACUGUAGUAUAUGGUCAAGAUCUGGGAGAGAUAACUAAACUUAAUUCAAAACGAGUAUCUUUUAAGCUUCCAAAGGAUCAAAUGGAGGCCUUUGUUGACAAUGCGGAACAUAGUUUAAAGAAGACCUAUCUUAAUGAUGUUUUUGUUGCUUCUCAGCCUCAUCUCUCAACCCAGCUACCUCCAUUACCUAAACAAGGACAGAGUAUUGUCAAUAAAGAUGAAACAAUAUUGUCUAAAGCUGGAAAUAAUAAUUUAAAUAUUGUUAUAGGAAAUUCCUCUGUACCCACAUGCGAAAAUGAGUCCAAAAUGCUCAAUAAUGAGAAACAGUUUACUAUAGCCUGUAAAAAAGAACUGAAGGAAAAUAUUCAAACAGCUAAAUAUAAUACAGCUAUAGACUUCCACAGUAACUCAGACUUGACUAAGCAAGUCAUGCAAACUUGUGCCAAUCCUAGAGAAGCAUCAUAUCCUGUAAUUGCAUCUGAUGGUGCAAGUUUUAGUAGUGUGAAACCAAAUUUGAAUAAUUUGAAUGGGAAAACUGAAGAAUUUUUAGAUUUCCCAACUGUUCAUGUACCACCUUCUCCAGAACAAUUACUUCAAUUAGUAAAUACGCCACACAAUGAUAUGAAUAUAGUGAAAGCCACAGAAAUACAUAAUGAUAAUGUAGUGUCUAACAGUGUUAAAGAUGAUAGAGAUGAAGAAAAUAAAAUUUCUCAUAAUGGAGCUGAAACCAACUCUGUACCAUUAACGACAGGUGUAAAAGAUAAAGUGAGGAAAUGUUCUUUGGGAAUCUUUUUGCCCAGAUUGCCAAACAAGAGAAAUUGUAGUGUCACUGGUAUUGAUGACCUGGAGCAGAUUCCAGCAGACACAGCUGAUUUAAAUCACUUAGAAAGUCGGCCCGUCUCCAGUAAGGAUUCAAGCAUUGGAUUUAUUGCAACUAAACUGAACUUAAGUCCAUCUGAAUAUAUAAAUGAGGAAAAUCUUCCUAUAUAUCCUGGUGAGAUUAAUUCCUCAGACUCUAUUAGUAUAGAAACUGAGGAAAAGGCUUUGAUUGAGACAUACCAAAAAGAGAUUUCACCAUCUGAAAAUAAAAUGGAAGAAACCUGCAAUAGCCAAAAAAGAACCUGGGUACAAGAAGAAGAAGAUGAUAUUCAGAAUGAAAAAAAAAUCAGAAAAAGUGAGAUUAGGUUUAGUGAUACUGCACAAGAUCAGGAGAUUUUUGAUCAUCUUGCUGAAGGGGAUAUAGAUAAAAAUGCUAACAGUGUAUUGAUAAAAAGCCUGAGCAGGACCCCAUCUACUUGCAGCAGUUCUCUGGAUUCAAUCAAGGCUGAUGGGACUUCUCUGGACUUCAGCACACACCGCAAUAGUCAAAUGGAAUCACAGUUUCUCACAGACACUAUUUGUGAAGAGAGCUUGAAGGAGAAACUCAAAGAUGGGAGAAUAACAACAAAGGAGUUCUUUAUACUUCUUCAGGUCCACAUUUUGAUACAGAAACCCCGACAAAGCAAUCUCCCAGCCAAAUUUACAAUAAACACACCACCUACUCCAGAAGAUCUGAUGUUAAGUCAAUAUGUUUACCGACCCAAGAUACAGAUUUAUAGAGAAGAUUGUGAGACUCUUCGCCAAAAGAUUGAAGAAUUAAAGCUUUCUGCAUUGAACCAAGAUAAACUGUUGACUUGUGUAAAUAAGAACCUGUGGGAAAAAAUGAGACACUGCUCUGAUGGGGAGCUGAAGACCUUUGGAAUUUACCUGAACAAAAUUAAAUCACAUUUUACCAAGAUGACUAAAGUCUUCACUCACCAAGGAAAAGUGGCUCUCUACAGCAAGCUGGUACAGUCAGCUCAGAAUGAGAGGGAAAAGCUUCACAUAAGGAUAGAUGAGAUGGACAACAUACUUAAGAAGAUUGAUAACUGUCUCACUGAAGUGGAAAUAGAAACUAAGAAUUUGGAGGAUGAAGAGAAAGACAAUGUGGAAGAAUGGGAUUCUGAAAUGAGAGCUGCAGAGAAAGAAUUGGAACAGCUGAAAACUGAAGAAGAAGAGCUUCAAAGAAAUCUCUUAGAACUGGAGGUACAGAAAGAGCAGACCCUCGCUCAAAUAGACUUUGUGCAAAAACAAACAAAUAGAACUAAAGAGCUACUGGAUCAGUUGAGUUUGUCUGAGUGGGAUGUCAUUGAGUGGAGUGAUAAUCAAGCUGUAUUCACCUUUCUUUUUGACACAAUAGAACUCACCAUCACCUUUGGAGAGCCAGUAGUUGGUCUCUCUUUUCUGGGCAACGCUCAUAGGAAGAUUGUUGACCUGAAUUUUCAGUCUUUAUUAGAUGAGGAUAAAGCUCCUCCUUCCUCCCUUUUAGUUCAUAAGCUUAUUUUCCAGUACAUUGAGGAACAGGAAUCCUGGAAGAAGAAAUGUACAACACAGCAUCAGGUACCCAAGAUGCUUCAAGAAAUCUCACUGGUAGUGAGCCAUUGCAGACUCCUUGGAGAGGAGAUUGAGUUUUUAAAGAGAUGGGGACCAAAUUAUAACUUAAUGAACAUAGAUGUAAAUAAUGUUGAAUUGAGGCUUUUAUUCUCCAGCUCUACAGCAUUUGCAAAGUUUGAGAUAACUUUGUCUCUCUCAGCCCAUUAUCCAUCUGUCCCGUUACCUUUUUCCAUUCAAAAUCACCUUGGAAACGUUGGCGAAGAUGAAAUCACCAGCAUUCUAUCUAAAGUGCCACUGGAAGACAACUACCUAAAGAAUGUAGUCAAGCAAAUUUACCAAGAUCUGCUUCAGGACUGCCAUUUCUACCACUAGAACCAUGGACCACAGCUGUAACAACCAAGCACAGUGUACUUAAUAAUGAUAUUAUGUCAGAAUCUCUAUUGCUGUUUAAUCUUUGUCUUUAGGUCAUAGAAAAAAGCCUAGUAAAAUUCCUUCUGAUGAUGUUAUAUUUAAUUUGUAUGGUUAGUUUUUAAAUCUCUACAGUCAAGAAUGAUGAAAGGCCUCAAGUAGCCUGCAAUCAACUUGAUCAUCUCUCUACCAAAGGUUUAAGUAAUAGAACAUGUAGAGAGAAUUUCUCCUAACUAAAGUGGUGCUCUCUGCUUUAGUACAAGCCCUAAAGAGUAACUUUUAAAUAUAAGAGGAGGUGUCACCACUGACAAAAACCUUAGCCAUUUCCCCAUGUGUUGAGCUAUGAUUUUUAGGUUGCCUGGCUUCUGCCUAACAGAUAUUUCUGGAGUAGAGACAUGUCUGUCUACAAACUAUUCAUCCUCUUAUUUUCUCCAUUCCGGAAAUAUUACUAAGAGAAAGCAAUAGCACUCAACUAUUGGAAUGGUUGCCAUCUAUUCUUGAGGGCCUUGCCUCCUAUUGCUGUUUUCUUAAUAAGUAUAAUUUUUUAGGGAAAGUUAAUUCAUUUUGGCCCAAUACAUACAUGUAAAUAUAUUAAUAUUGUUUUUGUGUUUGUGAUGUAGUAAGGAGAUAUAUAGAAAUGCACGGAGAUGUAUAGAGAGAUACCCUUCUGCCUGGGCAGUUUCUGAAGGAUGGUUUACAGCCAAAUUCUCAAUCUCCUUUUAUUAAAUAAUUAUAUUUCAAAUAAGCUCACACUCAAAAUACCAGUUUUAUCAAGUUCUCGCAGUAGUAAUGAACUUAAUUAAUGAACUUAAUAUAAGUAUUGGUUUCUGAAGCCACACCAUUCACAUAUACAAAAAUAAACAUAUUCAUUGAUAUUGAAUGGUCAGUAUUAUCUUUCUUUGAGAUAGAUAAAUAUG